AUAUACAAAACUGGAGAAAUCUGCAGCUUUAGGUAUUCUAUUUGAAUAAGUAGCAAAGAUUGAUCUAAAUAUAAAAGUUUUAAAUAAGUAUGGAGCCUGCUGAAGAAAAUGAUAUUUUUGAAGAAGAAGGCGUUCAUAUCUCCGAACCAGCCAAAAAAAGUGAUGAAAAUUCACCAGAUGUUGAAUCCAUGCAAGAUACAUUACUCAGUCAGUUUAAAAUCACAGUCAGCGACCCUGAAAAGCGGACAAAACCAAGUGGAAUCAAAAUGCAAGAAACCUUUGUUGUGUAUCUUAUCGAAACUACCCCGAAAAAUGCCGAGUCAUCACUUAUAGAGGAAGUGACAUCACUAUGGCGGCGAUACAGCGAAUUUGAGCUGCUUAGAAAUUAUCUUGUUGUCAUUUACCCUGCUGUUAUUGUGCCACCGUUGCCGGAAAAGCGGGCAAAUUUUAUCUGGAACAAAAUAACAGCUACUGAUACUUUUGACAUCGAUUUUCUGGAGCGUAGAAGAGCAGGCCUGGAGUCUUUCCUUCACCGUAUAGCAGGGCAUAGGAAGUUGGGCAAGGAUAAAAUUGUGAAGCAUUUUAUAACAAAGGAGGAAUCAUGGAGGGAGGAAUUAAUGGCAACUGGGUUCCAAGCCAAAGCUGACUCUUGGCUGAAGAAAGUGAACGCAUCUUUGAGAGUGAGAGAACCAAACUUGAGGUAUGAGCAAUUGAAAUGUUACGCCAACAAUCUCCAAACCAACGCAACAGCGCUUCUAAAAGUUCGUGCAAAGUUAGCAGAGCGAGUGUAUGGGAUUUACAAAAUUCAUUCCAACUACAGCCGUGUUUUUAAAGAAUGGGCUCUGGUUGAAGACUCACCAUUAAAGGAAGCAUUACAGAAGUCCAGCAUUGAUGUUGAUGCUUAUGGAAUAUCUAUUGAUAAUCUUAUAGAUGAAGAAGACCAGAUUGCUGAGCAGUUAAAGGAAUAUCUUUAUUUUGCUGAUUCCCUUAAGACAAUAUGUAAGAAGCACGAAGCCUUGCAGUACGAUGUUGAAUGGUAUGAAAGCUCACUGGCCAACGCUCUAACUGAGAAGAAACAGCUUUUAUCAGGCCCUCCUAAGACCUUCUCAUUCAGCGGGUUAAAAGCAAGGCUGCUUGGUGCAGAUGCUGCUGAUGUUACUGAGACAAGGCUUGAAGUCUUGGAGACGAACAUCACUGAUCUGGAGAAGGAUCUCGAAAAACAUCGCAUGAUCGCGAAAGAGUUUUUGGACGAAGCGGAUGAAGAAGUAGAGUUGUUUAAAACAAGAAAGGUCAUGGACCUUAGGGAGAUCUUUGUCAGUUAUGCAGUUCUUCAGAUUAAAAUGAACAAAGAGGGGGCCGCUUACUGGAAGAAAAUUAAAACGCCGUUCGCAGCGAUUUUGGAGAACCAGGCCUAAUUUGGGAACGCCAAAAGCACAUUGUUUUUUUUAUUAAAUUGCUAGAAAUGGAGUUCUAAUGAAAGAUUCAAACGCCGUUUGCAGCCAUUAUGGGAAACUAGUCUUUCAUUUAAUGAGGUUUCCAUCUUACCCCCCUAACCAUACACCCACUGUGGGGUAAGUACAGCAAUACAAAUGCUGCUGAUUUUGAUCCUACUGUAGUUCAAAUCACUCAAGUGAACAUCUGAUUAUGUGUGCAAUAUUACAUAUGUAUAACAAUCUGUAUUGUAACAUAAUAAUAAAUAUAGUUGUAGUAA